GGAGUGUAGUUGUGGUGUACAUGCCCUGCUUUGUACCACUCCCACUAAUCUCUCCACCCCUCUGUCGUUGUGUUGUUUUCCUCAGAGUUAGCCCAUGCGAGCGGCGUGUGGACUGAGUGCAGCUGUUUCGUUCAGAGCAGAGCCCAACAUGUGAGAAGAUGUCUGUUGGAGGUUGUGCUUGUCCCGGCUGUUCGUCAAAGUCAUUCAAGCUGUACUCUCCUAAGGAGCCCCCCAACGGCGGCAGCUUUCCCCCCUUCCACCCAGGAGCUAUGCUGGACAGAGAUGUGGGGCCUACACCCAUGUACCCCCCAUCAUACAUGGAGCCUGGAAUGGGGAGACCCACACCGUACGGGAACCAGACAGAUUACCGGAUAUAUGAGCUGAACAAAAGGCUACAGAAUUGGACAGAGGACUGUGACAAUCUGUGGUGGGAUGCGUUCACCACAGAGUUCUUCGAGGAUGACGCCAUGCUCACCAUCACUUUCUGUCUGGAAGAUGGACCCAAACGAUACACCAUCGGCCGGACAUUGAUUCCACGAUAUUUCCGAAGUAUUUUCGAGGGGGGCGCCACUGAGCUGUUCUACGUUUUGAAGCACCCAAAGGAGUCCUUCCACAGUAACUUUGUGUCUCUCGACUGUGACCAGUGCACCAUGGUGACCCAGAACGGCAAACCCAUGUUCACACAGGUUUGUGUGGAGGGCCGCCUGUACCUAGAGUUCAUGUUCGAUGACAUGAUGAGGAUCAAGACGUGGCACUUCAGCAUCAGACAACACAGAGAGGUCCUCCCAAGGAGUAUUUUGGCCAUGCAUGAUCCCCAAAUGCUCGAUCAGCUGGCUAAAAAUAUCACCAGAUGUGGGCUGUCCAACUCCACGCUCAACUACCUCCGUCUAUGUGUGAUAUUGGAGCCCAUGCAAGAGUUGAUGUCGAGGCAUAAGACGUACAGCUUGAGCCCCAGAGACUGCCUGAAGACCUGCCUCUUCCAAAAGUGGCAAAGAAUGGUCGCACCUCCAGCUGAGCCCGCCAGACAAGCUCCAAACAAGAGGCGGAAAAGGAAGGUGUCCGGUGGAAGCACCGUGAGCACCGGCGGAGGCAACAAUAACAACAGCAACAGCAAAAAGAAGAGUCCAGCCAACAGCUUUUCACUCUCCAGCCAGGUACCUGACCUGGUUGGAACAAAAACCUGUACAGUGCCGGAGCUUGAGGACCGGAGUUGAGAACCACUACGCUAAAUCUUAAACAUCCACAAACUGACACACACGCAUCCAGACCUGUUCAUACUCCAACACACACACACACACACAUUUACACUCACCUACACCUGCAGCAUAAAACAAUGAGGUACUGGAGAGAGGUGGUACGCAGCAUGUCUGGACCAGAGCACCAGAUGCUACAGAAGUGUGUUUUCAUUUUCUAUGUUUUCGACUUGUUUUGAAUUGUUUUUAUUUUUGUAAACAAUUUCGAAAAAAUAAACAUACAAGCAAGCAAACAAAAACACCCCUAGAAUAUUCUUUGCACUGUUUCCCACUAUUGACUCCAGUCUAUUUUUCUUAUGAAUUGACCGUGUAUUUCCUUUCCUUUUCUAUUAUUGCUAAUGUAAGAACUGUAAAACAUCUGAAACCUGCAGUAUAUUAAUGUAAAUGUAUUGCUGUUAGAUCAUUCUUAUUGUAAUGGUAAUAACUUCCAUGUAGGUCUGUGCUAAAUAUAAUGUCACCCAUCUGUCGGCCAUCACACUGUCAUCAGGUCCUUUGGCUUCAGUGCUAGAAAACAGGUUUGGGCGAGAGAGCAAAGCCAGUGUUUGAAUACUGGACUCACAUCUUGUCUGAUGUGAGUCCAAAGCAACACACUGAAGACAACUUCCCCUCAAAAUGUCCCUCCAGCCCCCGGGUUGGAUCUGUUGACAUGUCAUUGCAGAACUGUUUGCUUCGUCUUGAAAUCUGGAGGUCCUCUCUUCAGAACACACAGUAACAAGAAACUUCUCAAAUUUGCUACUCAAAAAUAUUUUAAAAAUCAAAUUUUGACAAGAUUGUAAAAAAAGGAAAAAAAGACUUUUGUAUUAACUUAAGUUUCCCAGAAAUGUUUUUAAUUACAACUAAGAAAGCUGCACACCAAGGAGCUACAUGUAAAGAUUCUUUAAAUAUUGAUUACACUACUGUUUUAUGUUUUAUGACGAAUAAUUUUGUUGGCUUUACUCCUCAUGUUUGUGUCUGUGCUUGUAUAUUUUAGUAAUUUCUGUAAAAGUUAUUCUGCGUAUUCCUCCCUAGAAUUAUCACAAACUCAAUCUAAUGUAAAGAGAUAAAAACCCUCUUAAAAGUUUUUUUUAAUGGUACAAUCACUGAUAAAAUAAUUUUGCCCUCAUUUUAGGAAACUGUAUUUAUUCUUCUAUGUACUGACAUUCUGUUUAGGUCCAACCCGCCUGUACUAUACCCAUGAUGAAAUAUGGAGGAGUCUCUUGGGCCGAGUCAGUAAAUGCUAAUACAGGUCAUUCCCUUACUUUUUUUUUUUAUAUAUGCGGCUCCCAGUUUAUCACAGUGGUUCAGUAUGUUCACAUUGAAGAGAUAUGUAAUGGCCAAAUUCUGCUGUCGUAGGUACCUGGUCUAUCUGAAAAUGUAUUGGAUGCACUGAAAACCAAUAAAUAACCACAUUUAGAGAAAAUCCUAACCGCCAAGUCAUCCUUUUUCCCCUAAAGUUGCAAUAUUUAAUGGUGCGUCAUCCUCUGAAAAGCACUGAGCUCUUCAGAUGUUGAAAAUGUUCCACAAUGGUGCAACCUUUAGUGAAAUAUUAAUCAAAAUUCCCUUAACCUCGAUGAUGUGGCUUUUUUGUUUGUAAUGAAUUUGUUGGCUGUUUCCAGAUACAUUUCAGAUAACUCAUACAUGAAAAAUGCAAAGUCAAUUUGACUUCAUGGAAAUAUGCUGACCAUUGACAUUACCUCUUAUCCUGGGGGGGAGACUCACCCAGCUUGACCUCAAGCUGCUGUGUCAGGGUUUCCUGUUUACGUAAAUAUGAUGUAAAAUAUGGGCUUCAGCUUCGCCCAGCUGACAGUGGAUAGUAGUUUCCAGACUCGCCCAGCAGGGGUCUCCCUAAGUAAGAAGAGCACAGUGAGCAGCCUGUCAGAAAGUGCUCCAUCACUAUAUCUGGCACCAUUAAAUCCUCACUGAGCUGCAGGCUGUGUGACUAAGACCCUACUCAUUGUCUCUAGUGCCCCGAGUUUACUUUGUGGUGUAUCUACUACUCAGCAGGCCAACACAGAAUUGAUCUAGGUGGAUAUUUUUCCAGCCUGUGUUUCCUAAGUUGACAUCCUUCAGAGAAUAAGGGUUUGUGAUAUUUGGGACAGAGUUGAUAUGGCAUUUCACCAAUAGCUGGCUCCUGUAGCACCUCACCAUAGGGGUGAUUUUAUAUCUAUAUUUUUUGCCAGGUUUCUGUCAUUGAUAAUUCAUGUAUGGUAUUAAUAAAGAUGAAUUUUCACUGAAAAA